AUGGAGAAACCACAGGACUUCCCCAAGUCGCUGGCCGUGUUGACCGCGAUUUCGGCCUUCCUGUUCAUCUGCCCUCCGGCCAUCGGCUUCCAUUACCUGGGUCAAUACUCCACGGCUCCAGCAUUUGGCAGCCUUGGGCCCGAAAGGUUCAGAAAAGGCUCCUUUGCAUUCGUCAUAGUCCCUACUACGGUAAUUGCCGUAAUCUACACAAACGUGUCUGCCAAAUUUAUAUACUUCCGAGUCAUGGGGAAGUCCAGACAUGCCCACAGCAACACCGUCAUCGGGUGGGGCGUCUGGUUUGCCGUUAUCGUCGUUGUCUGGGUUCUCGCUUUCAUCUUCGCCGAGGUCAUCCCCAGCAUGGGCGACUUUUUGUCUCUGCUUGGCGCGGCGUUCGACUCGUUCUUCGGCUUCAUCUUCUUCGCCGUCGCGUACUACCACCUAUACCGAGGAAAGGUGUGGAAUGGGCUGUACAGGUCCAUCAUGACUGUCAUCCAUAUCUUCGUGAUGAUUGUCGGCCUCUUUCUGCUGGGUCCUGGUCUCUACGCUGCAGUCAAGGCCAUCAUUGCCGAUUACUCGGGCGCGACCAAUCCGGCGUUCAGCUGUGCGGAUCUUUCGAUCUGA